AUGGUUUCUGAGACACUCAAGAUCACAAUUCCAAAGCAAUGGUUGACUAUCCAGUUAGGCCAAACUGUCUCAAUUGCUCUUCUGCACACGGAUUGGAAAGAAAGAGAUUUGCCUGGUUUGACGAAAGCGGCUGCUGAGGGUCAGCUGGAAAGUAUUGUUCAAGACAUUGAAACCAUUGUUCGAUCUUAUGUUGAGAAGCUAGUGAAAUGGGUUCAAAGUACCUUGCCAAACUUCUCUCGUAGGGAGAGAAUACCAGGUAUUACGCCUUUGAUUAACAAAAGCAUUUAUGAACUCGAAGUUGAGAUGGAUAACCUUGGUUGGCCUAUUGCUGUUGAUGCAGGGCCUUCAAGACAGAGAGAAGAUGUGUCAACAAAUGGUGGAAAAUUUGAGCUAAAAGAUGAUGCUAGCAAUUGCAGCAACAGCUUGUCCUCAGAAAAUGGUAAGCCAAUGGAUGCCAAUGCAGUCUCCAAGGAACCAAAGAACUUCACAAAUGGAGACCCUAAAAGUACCUUGUUCUCCUGAAAUGCAGGAGAGACAUGGGCGGUGUUGAAGAAACGAAGUAAGACCAUUUGAACUUAUGUUGUUCACCCCUUCUUAUUAUAGUGUGGUCUAUUCAAAAUCUUUAUCACAAGACUUUCAUUAUUUUUGUGAAUUUCAAACAUAAGCAAGAUAAUCCAAAU